AUGACGGUGAAAUGGCCCAUUGCGAGGAGCCGUCGUGUGGACGCCGGCCAAUCAGUGCACCGCUUUCCGGCUGGACCCAUUCGCCAAUCCCGUUCCUGCCAACUGCGGCGUCAGAAUGCAAAUCCGAUGCAAGCUUGCCGGUCGGGGCCUGGCUGGGUCGAAACGGGUUUCCAAGUUGGCCUGAGCCCAAGUCCGAGUCCAGGUCCGGGUCGUGGAAGUGGGGAGAGGCUGGAGGCAAUCGAGAAGGAGGGGGACAGGCCUCGAGAGAUGCGCCAAUCAGCGGCCGCCAGUGGCGAAGCAGGCGCCGGGGAUUGGCGUAGUGUGUUGGUGUGUUGUGAGGUGUGGUGCGAUCAGUUUUGUCGUGUUGUCUGGUGGUGUGGGCUGAUGUGCUGCGGGUUGUGUGGUAUGGUGCAGUGUGUAAUGUGGUGUGGUGUUGUCUGGUGUGGCGUAGAGAAGCAGGAACAGGAUGAACAGGCCGAUUGUCUGGACGACGGAGAGCGACAAGCAAUUAAUCAAAGACUCAGCGGCCAGCCAAAAUGUCAAAAUGUACAAACAGCUCUAACUGCGCGCUUGUACACAAACCCCUCUCGGCAGACGCAUCUUCGGCCUCUUUCCGGUUGUCGUCACCAGUUAUCGUCGUCGAGUGUUGCCACCGCCAGAUCCGCGAUUGAAACUAAUAUUGAGAUUGCGAUUGCGAUUGAUUGGAAUUACGAUUACAAUUGCGAUCACGAUUGCUAUGGAGAUUGCGGAAUUGCGAAAUUGCGAAAUUGCAAGAUUGGGAUCGGGAUUGAGAGCCUGGCUGGAGAUGUCUACAAUCCUGUCCACAUCCGGCUCCGAUCAGACAGACACUUUGAUCUGCCGAUAUGUUCGUUGAUGGGUCUGCAAGUCUGA